AUGCGUUCUUUCCUUCUUCUCCUAUCGCUAGGCACUGCAUCAGCGUUCGUAGGACAACAACAAGCUGUCCCUAGAGCACACGAGACCGCUCUCUUCGGAGGAGCAUCUGGGUUUGCCACAUCUCUUGACGGAAAGAAGGACAAGGUUGCUAGAGUAGAAGAGCUGUUGGAGUCCUCCGACAUGAUUUUUGCUGUCCCUGCGAAAUCCAUCACAGUCGCAGAAGCACAGCAGCUUCGUCGUUCUCUGCCAGAAGGAAGUGUUGUUUCUGUCGUCAAGAACACAAUCAUGACUCGUGCUGUUGCAGGAACAGAAUAUGAAGCUGCUACGUCGAUGUUGACCGGACCUAACAUGUGGUUUUUCAUCGAAGAAGACAUCGGAGGGACCAUCAAGGCCUGGAAGUCUUUCGUCAAGGAGAGCGGAAAGAUUGAAUCACAUGGAAUUUUCGGAGGUGUAGUCGAGGGGGUAUACUAUGAUGACAAAGGUGUCCAAGCUAUUGGAAAUCUACCAUCGAAGGAUGAGCUUUAUGCCAAGAUUGCUGGAUCUAUCAAGGCUGUCCCGACAAAGGUUGCACGAGUUAUCAAGGCUCCAAAUUCCAAGUUGGCCAGAGCUAUCAAGCUAGCCACUGUAGAUGAAAGAUCCGACUAA